AUGGUGGAGGAGCCGGCAACAACAACGCGUUCGGGACGCGUGAUAACACCCUCAACAAGGGCCCGAGAGGCCGCGGGCAGCGACAAUAUCAGCGCUGUUAGAACGUCCAAGAAAUCAAUGACCCAAGUGGAAUUAACAGCGGUAAAGAAAGCCGCUGGCCUUAUUGAGGAGAAACAGAACGGCAAAGACGGAAACAGGGACAUGCUUAAAAAGAUAGGCCAGUACCUGGAAAGCACCUAUCAAGAGGUCAAAGGACUGAAAGAAGUCCUUAUUAAACAAGAGAGGAUGAUUAAAGAACAGUCCGAAAUGAUCCGGGGGCAGAGCAGCAUAAUUAAAGCACUGCAGACCCAGGUGGAAGCUAUACAAAACCAGUCUGCAGACGAAUGCAAGCACCUCCGGGAACAGCUAGACACUAUCGCAAAUGCUCCAGUCAAGGAAACAUAUGCAGCUGCAUUAGGCAGCCAACCUGGUCACCAGCAGGAUGCGCCAUUAGGACCUUCAGUGCCAUCUACGUUUGCCAAUAUAUUAUUUUGCACAAUCGACACAUCCCGCGUGGGAGAAGAUGACAAAGUCAAGGCUCAGAUAGCUAAUAUUAGGCAGCUGAUUGAGAAACAGAUAUAG